AUGCUUAACCAGCCAAAUCCAGGAUCAGCACAGUCAAAGAACUCAGACACAUCUGGAUCCGGAGAGUUCACGGAGCCAAACACUCCCACCAAGGCUUAUCAGAAUCAGCUCAAGACCAUGCGCAUUGGUUGCUACGUCUUCAAGCUUUCAGACAGAGAUCCCACUCAAGAUCAUGAAUGGACAGCUGGGAGCGGGACUCUCAAGCAGCCUAAACUCUGCCAGAUUCUGUUAGGAGCUGGCGGCUUGAAUCCGUGCCAGGUAAUCUUCGCUUUGUCUAAAAAGACGGGCCUCAUGACCAUCAGGGCUUACAGCCCCAACAUCAAGAAUGUUUUUGUUGAUGGAGAAAUCCUCACCAUCAUGCCAUACUCUUUCAACAGACUUUGCACCAGUCUAGAAAUCGGAAAUCUACAAUUUGAGUUUGGAUACUCAGAAUACAGCUGGGACGAAGCGUACGACAACGAACGCCUCGCAUUCCUGGAGCUCGCUUACAAGGAUGGUGUGGCCGAUACACUGCAUCAUACCCCAACUCCAUCAAUGCCAUGGUUGAAAGUUGCUGGAUGGACUAUUUCAAAAGCGAUUGGUCAAGGAACCUUCGGCGAGGUUUUCUCAGUCACGAACAAUGCCGACACAGUUGCUGCCAUGAAGGUUAUCAAUCGCACUACGCAGAACCACCAGGCAGUGACGCAUGCACGUCGCGUGCUUGAGAAGAUUACCACACAAGCAAAUUCCGAAAAGUUUGGCCAUGUCCUUCGCCUUGUGGACGUCUAUCCCCUCGAGGCAAACCAAAUUCCGUUGCAUCAGCUCGUGACUGAACAGGUAUAUUUUAUUCUCCUGCCAACAGUCGCUUGCACGUGGUCUAUGCACAUCAAAACUCUAUCCGAAGGGGAUUACAUAAUCCGCCUGCGCUUGCUACAAGACCUACUCAAAGGCAUUCGGUUCUUACACGAGAACGCGUUGCUUCAUGGGGACAUCAAGCCUGACAAUACUGGUAUUUCGAGUGGCCGUGCCGUCUUGCUAGAUGUAGAUGCGGCUAAGGAUUUGAACCGUGUCGGAACCCUACCUGCGACCCCGGGAUCUGGUGGUACCCUUGGCUGGCUUGCCCCAGAGCGCGAGAUGGGGCCUUAUGGUCAGCUUGUUGACGUUUGGAGUGCUGGUGUAAUGGCUCUUGAAUUGUUUCAUAACCAUCGCCCAUGGACGGGAUUGAAUCCCUGGAGACCAAGACACGAAUCCCUGCGCCCAGAAUUCCAAAAAAAUAUAUAUCUCGGUUGA